UUUUUUUUACUUUUGUGUAUUCUACAAAUUAAAAUGUCUGUAAAAAAUAUUGUUAUUGUUGGUGGUGGAUUCGCAGGUACUCAACUUGCUACUGCUCUCGAGAAAAUCUUGACUAAAGUCAAUGACAAGGAAUUUCGCAUCAUUCUUGUUGAAAAGAAAACACAUUUUUAUCACUCCAUUGGUGGUCUUCGUUCUGCCGUCAUUGACUGGGAUAACAAGAUCAUGAUCCCUUACACCAACUUAUUUAACAACGAGUCCAAUUUGGUGAUCCAAGCUUCGGCCGUUGAAUUAAACAAGAAGAGUAUCACCUUGGACAGAAAUGUUCCUGACUUUGGAACCACUCUUCGAUUCGACUAUUUAAUCUUGGCCACAGGUACUCGUUACCCUGCUCCCGCUAAAGCAACCGCUCUUGACUACGAUGCUACCGUCGAACAUCUCGUCACUUUGCGUGCAGAGAUUAAAGCUGCCAAAUCCAUUGUCAUUGUUGGUGGUGGUCCCGUCGGUAUCGAAUUAGCUGGUGAGAUUCGUGAUGUCUAUGCAGACACUAAAAUCACAGUUGUACAUAACGAGGAUAGUCUUCUAAACUCCAGCACUCCCAAACUUCGUAAAAAGUGUGAAACCUUAUUGGAAAAGAGCAAUGUCAACCUAAUCCUCAGUGACUCUGUUAUUUUACCUACUGCAGCAAACUCAUACUAUCACCCUCAAGAUAAAGUAGUCGAGACCAAGAGUGGAAAAUCUUUAACAGACGUCGAUUUGGUCUUGUUGGCAUUUGGUAACCGACCAGAAACAGACUGGUUAAAGAAUAGUGGUCUUUUAGCAGAGAAUGGUUAUGUCAAGGUGAAACCUACUUUCCAAGUAGAUGUUAAGGGUCGCGAAAAUAUCUAUGUGUUGGGUGAUGCUGCCAAUUUUAACGAAACCAAGAUGGCAUACCGUGUGGGUGGUCAUGUGACUAUUCUUAUUAGCAAUCUGUUUGACGUGCUUGUCCGAAAGAAGGAGCCCACCAAUGUAUACAAGAAGGCUCCCGAUGCCAUGUUUAUUACCUUUGGUAAAGACAAGGGCGUAGGAUUAUUACCCAUCUUGGGUGGCAUUGUUGUUGGUAAUUGGGUUGUUUCCAAACUCAAGAGUACAACUCUCUUUACCGCUAAUAGUUGGAGAACCCUCAAACUUACGGAACCUGUUGGUUCUAUUUAGUAAACAACAGGUAACGGAUGCCGCUGUACAAAAACGUCCUCUUAUUCCUUUUACUCCCUUUCUCACUAUUAUCAUUGCUCUCUUUCUUACUGCAUACACAUCUUAUAAAUCCUAAUACUAAAAUAAUAAACAUUGAUAGUCAUGCACAUCUUCAU